AAAAAUUUAUCUAUUUUCGACCAAUUCCCUUCAAAAACCCUAACCCCCUUCCUUCCUUCCUUUCUUCCUUCCUUUCUUCCUUCCUUGCUAUUCUUAUCUUCUUUGUUCUCUCUGUCUCCCACUCUGCCGAUCGCCGCUGCCCAUUUUUCUUUUCUGUUCUCUCAUAGCUUCAUCCUCUUGUGAGGCAUUUGUAGUUUCUCCCCUUCUUCUUCUCAACAAGGUACCAACACCUCACUCUUUCUUCUCCUCCCACUUCUUUCACUCAUGUCUUACUUGUUUCGCAGAAUCCUUCUUCUUAGAUCUCCAUCCUCUGUCUUUUCUCACGGAUUUUCCGAAUGUUCCUUGAAAUCUCUCAGAUUCUUAUCCACCUCUUCCGAGAUUGUAUCAUCUCCUAAAUCUGCUUCGUUGGCUUCUAAUGCGGCUCUAGUUGCGUUACUUGCGAAUCAUGGAUUUUCUGAAUCACAAAUCUCUGACAUUGCCAAGAGGCAGUGUAAAAUUCUUUCUCUGAACCCCCAGAAAAUCCUAUCACCCAAAUUGUUGUUUUUUCAAUCUAAAGGUCUUUCUUCCCCAGAGAUUGUCAAAUUAGUGUGUUCAAUUCCUUGUGUUUUAACAGGAAGUUUAAACAAACGAAUUAUUCCUAAUUUUGAUUACCUUCAAGCCGUGCUUGGAAGUGAGGAGAAGACUCUCGCUACCAUAAAAAAGUUUGCGGGUAUUCUCAUUAAGGAUCUUCGAAUUUCAGUUGGUCCUAAUAUUGAAAUUCUGAAACAAAUUGGAGUGCAGGAUUCAAAUAUUUUAAAAUAUCUUCAGUACCAGCCUAGAAUGUUCUUGAUAAAUUCCAUCCGAUUCAAGGAGGUUGUAGAGAGAGUUACGGAAAUGGGAUUCAACCCUGAUCGAUUGCAGUUUGUUGUUGCUGUUUUUGCUCUGCGAUCAAUGACCAAAUCUACAUGGGAUAAGAAGGUUGAAGUUUAUAGGAAAUGGGGAUUAUCUGAAGAAGAAUUCAGUCUAGCUUUUAGAAGGAAUCCAUUGUGUAUGGCGUUUUCUGAGGAUAAGAUUAAUGCUGUAAUGGAUUUUUUUGUCAACAAAAUUGGAUGGGAGUCAUCUUUCUUUGCUAGAAGACCAGCUUUAAUUUCAUAUAGUUUGAAGAAGAGGAUUUUGCCUAGAGGCUAUGUUUAUCAAGUUUUGCUGUCAAAGGGUUUGAUUAAAAAACACAAGAGUCAUUUUUUGUUUUUUGAGUGUACCGAAAAGCGUUUCAUAGAAAAAAUCAUCAACCCUCAUAAGGAGCAGAUUCCUGGAUUGUUGGAGUUGUAUAAACAGAAAGUAAUGGAUUCUAGAAGAUGAACAGGUUCCAUCUCCUUGGAAUUUUAACGUUUUGUUAGUUGAUAUGGUGUAGUGACAACUAAAAUCUAUAUAUGUUCAAGAGUAUGUGUUUCUACAUUAUCACUAUUUCGGAUAUUGUCCCGUUGCUCUAACAUCGUUGGAGUUAUAUUAUUUCAGCUUCUUUAUGAUGGGAAAUUUGGUACUUUCCAUCAGUUGGGCCUUUUUAACUCAGCUCCACAUUUCAUUUAUGCUCAUAAGGGUUUUAACAUCAUAUGACUGAUUUUCUUUGAUGUGCCAUUAUUACCAUUGUUAUAAUAUUUUUGAGAUCACAUCCUUGUUUAAUUUAAGCUGGUAAGGUUUUUAACAUGAUAUAACUAUCUUGUUUAAUUUAAGCUUGUAAGGUUUUUAACAUGAUAUAACUAUUUUGAUGAUGUAGUUUUUAACAUGAUGUAUUCAUACCACAAUAUAAAUCAAAUGUAAAUUUCAAUUACAUUUCUUCUAAAAUCUAUGGUUAUUUUUAAAUUUUACCUCAUAAUUCAAAUGUAAAUUUCAAUUACAUUUCUUCUAAAAUCUAUGGUUAUUUUUAAAUUUUAUCUCAACAUAUUAUUUAUUCAUCUCAGAAAAAAAAUAAAAAAAGCAAAGUCAAUUGCAAAAAAUGAAAAAAGUCAAUGUAUAAAAUACAAAAAAUGACCGUCGAAAUAUAUUUGGUAUAGAUUUGUUUUUUGAAUCCUAUUGUUUAAUUUGUGACCUUGAGUUACAGGAUCCUUUAAAAUCUAAAUGAUAUUUUAGUUAUCUAUUUCACAUCAAAAAGUUAUCUAUUUUCGACCAUUUCCAUUCAAAAACCCUAACCCCCUUCCUUCCUUCCUUCUCUCUCUCUGUCUCCCACUCUGCCGAUCGCCGAUGCCCUGCCGCCGCCCAUCUUUCUUUUCUGUUCUCUCAUAGCUUCAUCCUCUUGUGAGGCAUUUGUAGUUCCUCCCGUCUUCUUCUCAACAAGGAACCAACACCUCACUCUUCCUUCUCCUCCCACUUCUUACACUCAUGUCUAACUUGUUUCGCAGAAUCCUUCUACUUAGAUCUCCAUCGCCAGUCUUUUCUCAAGGAUUUUCCGAAAGUCCGUUGAAAUCUCUCAGAUACUUAUCGACUUCUUCGGAGAUUGUAUCAUCUCCUACAUCUGCUCCGUUGGCUUCUAAUGCUGUUCAGCUUAAGAAUAAACGGAAGGAUGCAAUUGCGUUACUUUCGAAUCAUGGAUUCUCUGAAUCACAAAUCUCUGACCUUGACAAGAAGUAUCCUCAAAUUCUUUCUGCGAACCCCGAGAAAACCCUAUUGCCCAAAUUGUUGUUUCUUGAAUCUAAAGGUCUUUCUUCCCCAGAGAUUCCCAAAUUAGUAUGUUGAAUUCCUUGUGUUUUAACAUCAAGUUUAAACAAACGAAUUAUUCCUAAUUUUGAUUACCUUCAAGCCGUGUUUGGAAGUGAGGAGAAGACUCUCAUUACCAUAAAACGCUUUGCGGGUAUUCUCGUCUGGGAUCUUCGAAUUUCAGUUGGUCCCAAUAUUGAAAUUCUGAAACAAAUUGGAGUGCCAGAUUCAAAUAUUUUAAAAUAUCUUCAGCGGCAGCCUAGAUCGUUCUUGAUAAAUUCCAUCCGAUUCAAGGAGACUGUAGAGAGAGUUACGGAAAUGGGAUUCAACCCUCAACAGAUGCUGUUUGUUUUUGCUCUUUUUGGUCUGCGAGGAAUGACCAAAUCUACAUGGGAUAAGAAGGUUGAAGUUUAUAGGAAAUGGGGAUUGUCUGAAGAAGAGAUCCGUUUAGCUUUCUGAAAGAAUCCAUGGUGUAUGGCAUUGUCUGAGGAUAAUAUUAAUGAUACAAUGGAUUUUUUUAUCAACAAAAGUGGAUGCGAACCAUCUUAUCUUGCUAGAAGACCAACUUUAUUUUCAUAUAGUUUGAAGAAGAGGAUUUUGCCUUGAGGUUACAUUUAUCAAGUUUUGCUGUCAAAUGGUUUGAUUAUGAAUUUUUCUUCGUUGUUUCACUGUUCUGAAAACUGUUUCAUAGAAAAAUUCAUCGACCCUCAUAAGGAGAAGAUUCCUGGAUUGUUGGAGUUGUAUGAAGAGAAAUUAAUGGAUUCUAGAAGAUGAACAGGUGGGAGGAAGAAACAAAUUUUCCGUCCAGAUGGUUCGGUUACAAAAAGUGAAAAUUGUAAAGUUAGACCUUGAAUACUCUCUCAUCCUCUUCAUAUUUGAUGUGCUAUGCUCAUUUAGAAUCGCCUUGCCAUCUAUUUGGAUAUUGUACAUUUGCUCAAUGUUAUUGGAGUUCUAAUUCAGCUUUUUAUAAGGAAAA